AUGGCUCCCAAAAAGAAUCAGAAGAUGUCCCUUGGGACCUUCUUACAAGAUGACAGCUAUGGCUCAUGGGCCGACGAAAUGGAGGACAUGCCAUUGCCAGCUACCGAUGCGCAAAAGAGUUAUGGCGCCUCUGCCGGACGACGGGACUUCAGCUCGAACACUGGAAUGGGAGGAGCAUCUUUUGAAAGAAGAGACCUGUCCCAGUACUCUGUGCGCGAACAAUUGCCCUUGCCUGACAAACCUCCGUAUACCGCCCAUCUUGCCAACCUCUCCUUCGACGUCACACAGGACGACAUCCGAGAUUUCUUCCGAGACUGCGAGACGACUAACGUUCGAAUUGUGGAGGAUAAGAUGGACAGAAAACCCAAGGGAUUUGGUUAUGUCGAAUUUGGGACACUCGAUGGACUCAAGACCGCGCUCAGUCUUUCUGGUAGCAAUCUUGCAGGUCGUCAAGUCAGAAUCAGCGUAGCAGACCCUCCUAAGAACGAUAGACCCGAGUCAAACCGAGACUUUAGCGACUGGAGCCGUAAAGGACCAUUGCCAGAAUUACCUUCCUCGCAAAGACGAGUUUCUGAGAGAAACUUCAACAGAAACAUGGACAAUAUGUCAGAUGCUGGCAGUGAACGAGGCAGCCGCAGAGGCUUCGGCGCAGACACAGAUGGAAAAGUCCGAGACUUCUCCAACUGGGAACGCAAAGGCCCUCUUUCACCAGCCGCCAUCCCAGACAGAAGUCUUGGUGGCGCCGGUCGUCAAGCCAGCAAAGAAGGCACCUUUCGUCGUAAUUCACCAUCUUGGGGCGAGGGAAGGUCACAGGAAGGCUCCAGGCCACCUAGAAGAGAGUACCCUGAUCGACCAGUUCCUGUCAGAGAGCCAACUGCGGCCGAGACGGACAACCAGUGGAGAUCGAAAAUGCGACCGGACGUUCCACCCAAGUCUCCUGAGCCAGAAGCCAGCGUGCCGUCCUCCCCAGCACCUCCUGCAGCUCCUGCAACCAGACCUAAACUCAACCUGGCCAAGAGGACUGUGUCGGACGCGGAUCCUUCAGGCUCUUCGGCACCUGCGGCUGACACGAAGGCUAGUCCAUUCGGUGCGGCCCGGCCUGUCGACACUGCUGCAAAGGAGCGUGAAGUGGAACAGAAACGACAGGAGACGAUCCGCCUCAAGAAGGAGGCCGAUGACAAGGCCAAAGCUGACAGAGCUGAGGAGAAACGCCAGGCCCGUGAGAAGCCACAAACCGAGAGCACAGAGCAAGCCAAUGACGUGAAUGCCACUAACGAGAAUGGUGAGAACGAUGAAGUCGAGCCCAAGCCUCAACCAAAGUUUGAGCUUUUGCGCCGACAGGCAUCCGAAAGCAACGAUAUGGUCGCUGACGAAGAUGCUGAAGAGGAUGAAGCACCUGCACCAGAUCGUGACACAGCAGUCAAACCAAAGGAGGUUACUCGAGCCCCACCAGCCGCAGAGAACGGCGCUUGGAGGAAGGCUGCACCAGCAUCGGAAGCGCCAGCAGAUAGCGAGACGGCAGCACUUCAGGAGGAUGGAUGGAGCACGGUCUCGAAGAACACCAAGCCCAAGAAACAGAACCACAACAAUAACAACAACAGACGUAGCCAGCACCCGCGUGCUAUUGCCUCGUAA